GCACUCACGGGUCCGGCGCGUAACGUGCGUUUCGGUUAUAACGACGACGACGUGAAAACGAAUGAUAGCACAGAUAAUAUAACUUACCUACUACUGCCAACGGAAUCAGCAAGUUUUUGGCGGACGGCACUCACGCUACAAUAUUACUACAGGGCCAUAUGGUGUGAUAUCAUGAGUUCUACGGCUUCUCAAAUUAGUGACUUCAAUUUACUAAGACGAUGUGGCAAAAGGUCGUCAAAGAAGAACAACUCGACUAUCGCGGAAUUGUAUAACAAUUUAUACGCCAGUCAAAUGGUGACAGCCGACCAAAGGGCCAAAAUGUCGCCUCAAAGAACCAUUUCGCUGGGUUCGUUACAUCAUCCUCCACAAACUCAAUUUAUGGAACCCAGACUCUCACAACUGGAGACAUUAGAAGCUAAGAUGGCUAGCAUUGAAGUCUCACUAUCUACAACGUUAAAAAAAACAAAAAAGAGUUCAACUCCUGUGAUACCAAGUAGCCCCCAACCAGCGAUGAUUACUCAAAAGACUAUAACACCUGUCAAAAGCAAUGGAUACAUGACGGACAACCACGACAAAGAAAAUAUUGCACGAAACAAUAUAAAACUUCAAACUCAUCUAGUCAAUGAAACCAAUGAACAGAACAAACAUAAUCAAAAAGUACAAAGCGAUACGGUCAACGAAAGUGAAAAACAUUCACUGACCCAAAAAAUAGAAAGCCUAAAAAAUGAUAUGGACCAAAAACGAUUGACUAUUAAAAACAUAAAAAUGUCACUAGAACAAUUAGAUGUUACUGAUAACAUUGACACAAGGAUACAACAGGCAGAGUUAGAAUAUCAAUUGGGCAGAGAGGAACUUAAUCUUCUUAGUCUAAUGGAGGAAUCCAACAAACACAAGUGUCGUCUUGAAGAGAUUGAACAACAUAAUGAACAAAAUGAAAAUAACACUCUGUACAAUUAUUUAGUUUCUAAUCCCGGAGCCGUGAUUAGCUUACAUGCUGUAGAGCUGGCAUACGAUCCGAAAAGUCCUAAGUUUGGUGUAGGCUCGAGAAAAGAUAAGCCAGGCUUGUUUAUUGACUGGACAGUUGACGAUUUGGGAUUUUCUAAAGGAGAUAGGUUACUGGAAGUGAAUGGUAAGGUAGUGUUGUCGAUGAAGAACAACCACGACCUGAAUCGGCUGCUGGAGGUGUCGCCGUCGUCCGUGCGCGUAGUGGUGAUGCACGACGGGCCGUCGGCCGACCACCAACUAGAGUUGGCGGCACUCAGGCGGGAGCUGGACGUUUGCCGGACGCGGGCCGAGGAAACAGACCGGUCCAAGCACGCGUACAAGACGGAAAACGUGAGGCUGUCACACAGGGUGUCGUACCUAGAGGACCAGGUAUCGGAGCUGAUCAAGAGCAGGUCAUCGUCGUCUGGAACAACCUCAAACGGAGGCGGAAGUGGCAGCGGCGUGAUGUUCCAGAGGGGUGCCAACUCGGCAGUGAUGGUCCGGAGCAAGAGCCCCAAGCACGGCGUGUCGGCCAUUCAACAGUACAAGCGCAAACAGGUGGUGUACGACGAUCGGCCCACGGCGAUGCGGCCUCCCGAAGGCGGCCCGGUGGUCAAGACGCGCAUCCGGACCGUGCCCCGGCUAUACGGCAGUUCGGCGUCGGUCGAGUCACUGGUCUCGUCGGCCGAUGCCGUCGUGGCCGCCUACAAGUCGUUCGACGACCUGCACGGCGUGGCCGCGGCGCACAGCAAGCGAAGCAAGUACCCGACGGCUGGUGGCCGAAACAGCAGCAGAACCCGACACAUACGUGAGGCCCAGCAGACGUUGUUCCGGUUCCUCGACUCCGAGUCUUCCGGUGGAGGUGGUGCUGCGCCGUAUUUGCUUCAGCAGUGCGGCGGCGGCAGCGUGAGAUCGCUCGACUUGCAACAGGACGCCACGGCCGCCGACUCGCACCGGUUGAAGAGCACCGAAUAUUACUCGCACUUGACCGCGACCGGUUCGGCCUCCUUGUCGGGCGGUGCAGGGUCGCCGCGUCCCAGCCGGUCGCUCAAUUACGAUUCGGAACAGUCAGGCCGGCGGGCCCCGAUGCCGCCCAAAAAACCAUUGCGUCUGUCUCUGCAACAACGACACAGCAACAGUGUCGCGGCCAGCAAAAACGACGUCGACGACGAUUCCGCGACGGUCAACGACAACGACGGCGGCGGCGGCAACAACGACGAAGUCAUCGUCAGACUACGUCACGGGCACAACCAUCACAAUCACAACCGCCGACGACACAACGACGACGUAGACGACGUCGAUCUAUCGGCCAUAAACAACACCAUGUCGUGA